CUCAAAGUCAUCCCUUUCUUCUUAAUUUUCUUCAUUCCUGCCUCCCUCUUAAACACUGUGUUCCUUCCUCAACCAUCAGAGUAUUCCUGGCCAGCUCGCUCAACUCUCAUGAGGUUCCUAAGGCUUCUCUGUUGAUGCCAGUGAACAACGUUGGUGCUCAGCCCAGAUUCCCUGUUGACUAGAGUGGGUACAGCCCAAUCUCAGCAGCAAACCCCAGAGAGGUUCCCAGGCUACUGGUGCUUUUUCCACGGGCAAAGAGAAGUCCCUGAAGCUUCCCUUUAGAGUGGGUUAGAAUUAUCCCAUUAUCAUCAGCACGAAAGGACACUCUCAGUUCUUGUCUUCCUUGAUCUCUUAGAAGCAUUCCACACCCCCCCCUUUUUUUUUUUUUUUUUGAGACAGAGUUUCACUCUGUUGCCCAUGCUAGAGUGCAGUGGUACAAUCUUGGCUCACUGCAAACCACCUCCUGGAUUCAAGCGAUUCUCCUGCCUCAGCCUCUCGAGUAGCUGGCAUUACAGGUAAGCAUCACCAAACCAAGCUCAUUUUUGUAUUUUUAGUAGAGGUGGGGUUUCACCAUGUUGGCCAGGAUGGUCUCGAACUCCUGAACUCAGGUGGUCCGCUGACUUCUGCCUCCCAAAGUACUGGGAUUACAAGCAUGAGCCACCAAGCCCCACCAGAUUCUUUUCUUAAGAUCAAGUCCAAACUUCUUAAAAUUGCUUGCUUAUAAAGUCACUGGCAAUCUGCCUCCUAUUGUCUCAUUUCUUCUUUUAUCACUUGCUCUCCCACAUUCUGCCUUCCAGUUAUAUGUAACUUCUUUCAUUUUCCUAAUAGAUGGUGCAUUGUCUCUCUUCUGGCCUCAGCCCACGCUGUUCUUCCUGCUCGUUGUUAUCCUCUUACUGUUUGUUCAUAAUGUUCUCAGGUGGCCUCAUUUUCCGUGAACCUCUCUCCUUCAGGUUGUUUGCUCAGAGUUCAUCUCAAAGCCUGGCAAGCUGAGCGGAGGUUUUACAUCUCAAGGGGAACUGAGUGCUGCAGAGCAUGGAACAUACCGAAGAGACCAGCAAUCUUGCACUCUCACCUCACAGCAUGGAGAAAGGAGACCAAGCUGGGAAAACCAGGAAUGAGAAAGUUCUCAACUGCUUAUACAAAAAGCCUGAGGCCAUUUUUAAGCUGAUUUGCUUUCCUUGGGCAGGAGGUGGCUCCACUCAUUUUGCCAAAUGGGGCCAAGACACUCAAGAUUUGCUGGAAGUGCAUGCCAUAAGGCUUCCUGGAAGAGAAAGCCGAACUGGAGAACCUUUGGUAACUGACAUCUACCAGAUAAUUGAUGAAAUUACUUGUGCCAUGCUGCCAGUCAUCCAGGGUAAACCAUUUGCACUUUUUGGCCACAGUAUGGGAGCCUACAUUGCUUUUAAGACUGCACUGCACCUAAAAGAAAAGCAUAAACUAGAACCACUGCAUUUAUUUUUGUCAAGUGCCUUUUCUCCACAAGCAAAGGCCCAGAUUCAAAUUCUUAUAGAUAAAGCAUUGUCAGAUGAACAAAUUUGUCACUACCUUGCGGAUUUUGGAGGCACCCCCAUGAAUUUUCUUGAAGACAAGGAACUUCGGCAACAAUAUAUGCCCAUUAUGAUGGCAGAUGUGAACAUUGUUAGUAGAUGCAUCUCUGAGAGUCCAUCUAAGACUAUUCUUUCUUGUGACUUAACAUGUUUUCGUGGAUCUGAAGACAUAGACAUAGCAAAGGACACUGAAGGAUGGAAAGAUGUAACCACUGGAAGUAUAAACAUCCAUGAGCUUCCAGGAGAUCACUUUUAUUUUAAGAAUCCUGCUAACGAGAAGUUCAUCAAGAACUACAUAACCAAGUGUCUAGAAGUAUCAUCGCUUGUCGAUUUUUAGAUAUUUUUCCUUUCCACUUUUAAAAUAAUCAAAGUGAUAUGAUAUUCUUCUCAGUUAUUCAGAUGUGGCUCAAAUGAGAAAUGUGGCUCAAAUAUUAGAAAUGUAUAAUUUCUAAUAUUCCAGUAUUCGAAAUUAUACAUUUUCUACUGUCAGGGAGAUUCGUUAUAUAAAUAUAUGUAUGUAUCUAGGGACAGAGGUCUACCAGUAAAGAAUACUUCUGGUAGAGUCUUGUGUCUUCAUAUUAAAAUCUCACUUGAUUCUGCUUGUUUGGAAAUUUGUCAAUAAAAUUCAUGAUUGGUAAAUU